UCGGGGCUUCAUUGUUCCUGGGGCCGGGGUUGGGGCCGGGGCUGGGACCGUUUCAUGUCAUUAAGUCAAAAAAAAAAAAAAAUCAAAACAAAAAAAGAAACCUGGUCAGCCGAGCCGAGCUGCUCGCCCCGUCUCUCCCGCGGCGGCCAUUAGCCGUGCAGACGCGUUGGGGAAGGUAGCGAAGGGGAAGGAAGGAAGGGAGCUGGACCCGGAGGCGCCGCCGCCACAGCCAUGGAGGACGAGAUGCCCAAGACUCUAUAUGUUGGUAACCUUUCCAGAGAUGUGACGGAAGCUCUGAUUCUCCAGCUCUUUAGCCAGAUUGGACCUUGUAAAAACUGCAAGAUGAUUAUGGAUACAGCUGGAAAUGAUCCAUAUUGUUUUGUGGAAUUUUAUGAGCAUCGUCAUGCUGCUGCAGCUCUAGCUGCUAUGAAUGGGCGGAAGAUAAUGGGUAAGGAAGUCAAAGUGAAUUGGGCAACAACCCCCAGCAGUCAAAAGAAAGAUACAAGCAGUAGUACCGUUGUCAGCACACAGCGUUCACAAGAUCAUUUCCAUGUCUUUGUUGGUGAUCUCAGUCCAGAAAUUACAACUGAAGAUAUAAAAGCUGCUUUUGCACCAUUUGGAAGAAUAUCAGAUGCCCGUGUGGUAAAAGACAUGGCAACAGGAAAGUCUAAGGGAUAUGGCUUUGUCUCCUUUUUCAACAAAUGGGAUGCUGAAAACGCCAUUCAACAGAUGGGUGGCCAGUGGCUUGGUGGAAGACAAAUCAGAACUAAUUGGGCAACCCGAAAGCCUCCAGCUCCAAAGAGUACAUAUGAGUCAAACACUAAACAGUUAUCCUACGAUGAGGUUGUUAAUCAGUCGAGUCCAAGCAACUGCACUGUGUACUGCGGAGGAGUCACUUCCGGGCUAACAGAACAACUAAUGCGGCAGACUUUUUCACCAUUUGGACAAAUAAUGGAAAUUCGAGUCUUCCCAGAUAAAGGAUAUUCAUUUGUUCGGUUUAAUUCCCAUGAAAGUGCAGCACAUGCAAUUGUUUCUGUUAAUGGAACUACCAUUGAAGGGCAUGUUGUGAAGUGCUAUUGGGGCAAAGAAACGCUUGAUAUGAUAAAUCCUGUGCAACAGAAUCAAAUUGGAUAUCCACAAGCAUAUGGCCAGUGGGGUCAGUGGUAUGGAAAUGCACAACAAAUUGGCCAGUAUAUGCCUAAUGGUUGGCAAGUACCUGCAUAUGGAAUGUACGGACAGGCAUGGAACCAGCAAGGAUUUAAUCAGACGCAGUCUUCCGCACCAUGGAUGGGACCAAACUACGGAGUUCAGCCUCCUCCGGGACAGAACGGUAGCAUGUUGCCUAAUCAGCCUGCAGGCUAUCGGGUGGCAGGAUAUGAAACACAGUGAACAAGGACUACCGAUUCUUUAAGCCAGUGACUUGAGGCUGCCGGGAGUGUAGUAAAACCAAGAGGUUGUUUACUUAAAGAUUCAUCCAAUCAGUCAGCGCAAAUGUCAGAUACAAUGUAUUUAUUUAAAAUAUUUCAUUUUCUAAUCAUGAAAUUACUCAUCAUCCACAUUGUUUAAAAAAGAAACAAGAUGCUGGAUGUCUGCCAAUUUUUGCCUUCAUUACCUUUUUUGAUAAAGUUUCUCAGAUCCUUGUUUCAAAUACAAAUGCAGGGAUUGCUGCCACUUUUUUAAUUAAGAGGCAGAAAAUUGCACAAUGUUGAACUUUUUUCCACUAAAGUAGUGUGCAGUUCUUAGUUUGCAUUCCUGAUGAUUUAAAAUAUGUAAUAUAAAUAUGUAAAAAAAAGAGGAGAAAAGAAGAGAAAAACCAAAACUGUGCAGAGUAUAGAAGUUCUUUGUAAUCUUCAGCUUGUGCACAAUUCUGUUUUAGGUUUUGUGUGUUUUUUUUUUUUUAAGGCAUUGUUUAAACUGUUCCAUCUCCACUGUAUUCCUUUUGGGGCUUUUAAAUCUAAAUUAUUAGUUUACAUCAUUUUUGUAUCUUCAUUUUUUCCACAAAUUUGUCUUGCCUUAUUAGAAUUCUGUAAAAUAUACUUAAAAUGGGAAAAAUGAUGUUCACGUAGAUGGAAAACUUUUCUAGAUGGAUUGAUAAUAGCAUUUAUCUUGUGUUUUAUAUGAGAAGGUGCCUCAAGAAUUCUCUGUUGGAUUUGUUUUAAAGGAUUUUUAUCUUCUGUGACAAACUUUGCUGUGUACCAGGAAACAUAAAAUCAAAAACUUGUUGCUAAAGAAAAUCUCUGAAAUGUGAUAAGUUCUUUUGAACCCAUGUCAAUGUCAUGUGUCAACUUCAACAUUUACAUGUUUUGUUUCAUUAUGUAAAAGGUUUUAGCAAUUAUGAUUUUGUACAGUUAUCAAGCUGUCAUUUCCUUAAAGGCAUCAUGCAGUUGACAGAUUUAUAAAGUUUUGUUUGCAUGUGAAUAUCAAAUACAUACUUUGAUAGUCUUUGAAUACAAAGUCAUCAACUCUUGUUUUUCAAGAUUUUGAGACACAAAGUUGUAUGUAAUGAAUAUAUUAAUUUACCAUUUUCUAGUUAUAUUUACUCAAAGUGAGUAAAUCAUCUUAAUUGUAAUAUGUACAAAAAUGAUAGCUGUGAAACUGUAGAAUAUUCUGAUAUUAGGCUUGGGGUUUGUUGUGAACUCCUAAAUUAGCCUGAAGGACCAGCCGGGCAAAGCAUUUUUCAAAUGUUCAGAGGCCAAAAUAUAAGCAAACAAACAAACAAAAAAACCCUUAAAAUCCUACCUCCGUAAACAGCCUUCAAAGAAGAGAAUCCUCAGUGCAAUCAUUAUUUUGAUCUUUUUUGGUACCUAUUUUCCUGGAGUUCCCAAUUUUAUUAUUUUGGGGUCCUCCGAGCAUUAAGAGGUUUAAUCUUUGAUGGCAUUGUUCUAGUUUUGAAAUUUCUAGUACAAUUCAGUCUCUUAGAAUAAUUGUGGGAGAUUUUGUUGUGUUUGUUUUGUUUUUGUUUUCAGAAAAGUGAAGGUCACAAACUUCUUCCCUGACUUACAAAGGGGGAAGGGUCAGUCCCCUGUGUACAUAUUUGGAUGGCUGAUUGUUUUUAAGACCUCAGAGAGCUCCUCGAAUUUUAAAAGGCUCGUGAGAUCUUGGAAUUUCCUGGCCUUUAUCUUCCAAGUAGGAGCAGUUGACCCUAAACUGGUCUCAAAGCCAAUACUCUUAUAAACCAGAGCCCAGGAAAGAUAGCUCACACACACACAGUUCUCUGGAGCUCACUCACUUCUAUGCAUUUGUACUGAUGUUUCAUUAAGUCACUGUGUAUUUUCAAGUAUUGACACAUUAAAAAUUACUUUAUGGAAGAGGAGUAAAUUUUUUAAAUACUGGGAAAUUUUAUUUUCUGCUCUAUAUAGAUCAGGGCAUGCAACCCAAAGCAGUUUAAAUUAGAUACUCAAAAAAUAUCAGGAAGCUAUUUUUAGUUUCUUCUGACUUAUGUUUCUUUUUCUAGGACCCUCAUUUUAAAAAAUAUGUCUGUCUAUCCACCUGUGCUUGCAGGGAAAAUUAUUUUUGCAUAAGUAAUUUCAGCAAAAAUACAGUUUUUCUUUCAUUUUGACUAUCUCACUUUUUAUUAAGCCAGUAUAUUUUCUUAUUGCACAAAUAUACGCUGACUACUUUUUGAGGAAAAAAAAGUGGUAUGCAUGAUGAAUAGGUUACUACUGAACAAAGUCACAUUUCAGGAACAUUGCUAAAUCUGGUUUAAAUUUUUACUUAGUGUAAACAGAUCAUUUGAAGAUUUUUAUUUCAGUCUAACAGUACUUAGUAUUCCAUCAAGGGAAUUAAAAUUUUAAACAGAGUUUUAUUCUCUGCAGUGUGCAUUCAGAUUUUAUUUUUGAAUACAUCUGGUACUGUACUGAACCUCAAAUUAGUCACACUUAAUGGGUCCUUAAUCCAGUAUUCUUUGCCCUGACUUUGGAUAUUAAAGUUCUUCUAUGUUUUCUAUAAUCUGUGGGAUCUCCUUGCAGUGAUUAUUGUGUGUGAGAGAUCUUUUCUUUUUUGUCCUAGCCAUAUUGUUAUAUUAGAUUUU